AUGAGUUCAUUAAACAUCAUAACUAAUGAAGACAUUUUUCAAUUUCGAACCAUUUUGGAAUAUAGCAUUAAUGAUGUGUAUGCUAACCGCCAGAACGAACAAGGACAAACAUUUUCGAUAAAUAAGGUUUUCAUCAGUAAUGGUGAUCAAUUUAAUAGUAAAUAUAUUAUAAAACACUUUAAAAAAAUGAAAAUUACUGAUAACAUUAUUGGCCGUUCUAGUUCAAUGAGUGACCCCGAUAAUAAGCAUUUGGAUAAGAUAAAAAAUACAUAUGAUACUUCUGAACUACAAAAAAUACUUGAGGUCACAAAAGAUGAAUCUAUAUUAACUGAAAAUAUUAAUAUAAUGAGUAGUAUAGGACUUCUCUCGAAAAAAGAAUAUAAAGAAUUUUUAGAUCAAUCUUCGAACGCAAGUAAACUAAAUUAUCUAAAGAAUAAAUGUAAUCAAUUUGCAAUGUCCUUCAAACCUCAUUUGAUGCCAUUAGAACGGCCAAAAAUAAAACACAAAAAAGUCAAUCAAAAUGAUAUAAGUUUUCAAGUAAUGACUAAUUUGUUUGAUGAAAAAUCGAAGGAAACUCAACACUUGGUAAAUUGUAAGAUAAUUUCAAAAUAUGAGAUUUUACCCAAGUUAAUGCAAAAUAGUAUUACUAUAUUUGAUAUAACAAAUGAUUCGGAAAGUGAAUUACAAAACGCUAGAAUUUCUUUUAAUUAUAUAUACAAUGAAUUAAUUAAAUAUAGUAAUGAGCAGAUAUUAAGAUGCAAAAAAAAAGGAAUUAUUAGGAAGUUCAUAUUAAUAUCAACUGAAAUGACUUGGUUAAAAGAAGUCAGAAAUGAUUAUGAAAUUAAUAAAACAGAGGACGAAGAAGUAAAUGUUGGUAUUACACAUGAAGGUGUAUUGGAUCGAUUACCAAUAGUCAAAUAUCAACCUAUUUUUGAAUUUGAGAAAUUAGUUUUAAAAUCGAAUACAUCAAAAAUUAAAGAUAUUUUCAAGACUUAUAUUAUUAGUACUGGAAUUAUUUAUGGCCGUGAAGAAAAUGCUUUACGUCAUGUUUUCACUAAUGCUUGGAACAAUCCUAAGGAAAUGUAUACUCGAAUGUUAAAUCGAACAGUGCCUGUAUUUCACAUUGAUGAAUUAGCCAAGUUAGUGUUCAUUGUUUCAAUGCAUGGUAGUCGUAUUAAGGAUAACUACAUUUUUGCAAAUGAACAAGAAUCAUAUGGUUUUAAUAAUAUUCUCAAAUCAAUGUGCGAUGAACUUUGUAGUUCGCGUUUGGUUUCAAAAGAAGACCAUUUAAUUUUGAACCAAUACAAAUUCAACAGUUUUACGUGGGAUUUGAUAUGUUGCGACCUUAUGAUAGAUCCUAUGUUAGAUAUUAUUGUGCCCGAUUAUCAAACCCAACGAACAUCAAUAAUAUCUAAUAUGAAAAAAAUAACACGUGAGUUUAUUGAAGCCAAUAAUUUAUACUCUUUAAAAUUAAUAGUUUCUGGGCAGCCAGCAUACGCAGUUGCUAAUAUCAUAGAACGCCUGGCACAAUAUUAUAAAAUACAAGUGAUUAAUAUCCCUAAUUUGGUAAACAAUUAUAUGACAUCGUUAAAAAAUGAUCAAAAUGAAUUGGAAACAAAAAUUAAUAAUAUAUAUGAAAAUCGUGCUGAUAUAAUACAUACAUUACAACAAUUGGCUGAACAAACUGAAAAACUUUGGUUAGAUCAUGUUGAUGAAAAGCUCAAGGUAGAUAAUCUUUACUCUGUUGAACAAAUUGAUAAUAACUUGGAGCAUGAUCAAAAUCCAAAUGUUGAAAUAAAUAAUAAGCAACCGGAAAACAAUAACGUUGAAGAAGAAGGAUUAGAAUAUUUAGAAAAUAAUAACAAUUUUCAGAAUCCAUAUGAAAUAUACAUAAAACAUAACAACGAUCUAUUGAUUCAAACAGACAAAGAAAUUAAUAGUAUAAAAUCAAUGAUUAAGAAUUUGAAUGCGAAAUUCCAAGAAUAUGAAAAAAAUAUUAGUAUAAAUUAUGGAAAGUUAGAUGAUUGUUAUUUGUGGCCAAUAAUUAAAGAGACACUAUCUUCAUUUACGUGUCGUAAUCAAGGAUAUAUACUUAAUAUGUUUCCUUUAUCCGUUGAGCAAAUAGAAUUCAUAUUCAAUAAAGAUAUUGGCUAUCCAGAUUUUAUAUUUUUGUUAGCGAUAACAGAAAAUUUGAGUAUUCCACAACUGACCAAAAAUACUACGAGUUCGACUAUAACAAAUAGAAACUCUAAAUAUUCAAAUACCUAUGAUCCAAAAAGUAAUUCUAUAAAAAAUUCUAGUAGUUUGAAGAUGUAUCAGAGUGUAGAAGGGUACGAAGAAUCUGUCGAUUUUAAGGAUCAUUUAAAAUACGAAACAAACAUUUAUGACAGCUUCGACACAAUUUUAAAUGACAAACACACAUAUAAAGUAACAGAAAUAUAUGAUUUAAUAAAUUAUUUUAGAGAUAAAGGUACUAAUAUAUUAAGUUUAAAUUUACCAUUGGAAGAGGUCGAUGAAACCGGAACUCAUAAUUUACAAUUUCAGGUUUUCACAAAUACUAUAAUAACACGUAUAGGACGUGUUCCUUUUAAUAAUGAUAUUUUGGAUUCAAUGAUAAAUGAAAGGCGAAUAUCAGAAACAAAUAAAAUUGAUAAAAAAAAAUCGAUGAGAAAUGAGAAACUAAAAAAAGUAAUUAAUAAGUUACGGAAGAUGAAGGAACAGUGGAAUAGUGAUAUUUUAAAAGCUCAAGAGAUAGAAAAAAAUCAAGAGAAAAGAAAAUCAAAUAAAAUUAAUAAUUUGUUAAGCACAGAUAUUUUGCCAAAACUUCUGAUGGAGAUUACUCCUAGUGGUAAAGCUGGUGAUUCAAUUUCACAGUUCCCAGAUAAAACAUUGAAUAAAAACAAAUUAUGCAGGACAGAAAUAAAUGAACUUUAA